AUGGCGGAAACUGCGGCAAAGAGACUCAAGACCUCUCCGGUCACCAUUGGUACCCACAAUGGCCACUUCCACGCCGACGAGGCUCUGGCAGUGUACAUGCUCCGCUUAUUACCCACGUACAACUGCUCUCAGCUCGUCCGAACUCGAGAUCCGGCUCUUCUCCAGACCUGCCACACAGUGGUCGAUGUAGGUGGAGAGUACGACGCCGCAGCCAAUCGAUAUGACCAUCACCAACGUACCUUCGCCACCACCUUCCCCAACCGACCUACUAAGCUCUCUUCCGCGGGAUUGGUGUACAUGCACUUUGGCAAGGCUAUUAUUGCACAGAAACUGGGUGUCUCCGAGGAUGUUGAAGAGGUUUCUGUCAUCUGGAACAAGAUCUAUGAGAGUUUCAUAGAGGCGUUGGACGCUCACGAUAAUGGCAUCUCUGCUUACGACCCUAAGGCUAUCACGGCUGCUGGUCUGGAGAAGAGGUUUAGUGAUGGAGGAUUCUCGUUGGGAGCUAUGGUCUCGAGAUUGAACCCAAACUGGAACGAUCCUAUCCCCUCGGACCCUGUUGAGGCACAAGCAGCAGAGGAUGCGAAGUUUCUGGUUGCUAGUGAGCGUAUGGGCGAAGAGUUCUCGAGAGAUUUGGAUUACUACGUCAAGUGUUGGUUGCCGGCUAGAGAGAUUGUGCACAAGGCAUACGCGAAGCGGCUAGAGUACGAUCCUCAAGGCAGAAUCUUGGUCUUCGACGGUCAAUCUGUGCCUUGGAAGGAUCAUCUUUACACUCUCGAGGGCCAGGACGAAGGAGAGGCAAAGGUGCUCUACGUGCUGUACCCCGAGAAGCCAACCUCUGAUGCCAAGUGGAGAAUUCAAUGUGUCCCAGUCACUAAGGACUCCUUCGAGAGUAGAAAGCCCUUGCCCGAAGCGUGGAGAGGGUUCAGAGACGAGGAGUUGGAUAAAGUUUCUGGGGUUAGUGGUGGUGUAUUCGUACAUGCUGCUGGUUUCAUCGGUGGAAAUAAGUCAUUCGAGGGUGCCAAGGCUAUGGCUGUCAAGGCGCUCGAUCUAUAA